GUUAAGUUUCGUUUUUAGGGAAGCUUUUUUUUUCUUUGUUACUGCUACACCAGUCGACUAUAUAUAAACCCGGAAAGCAGAGAUGAGACUCCAUUUGCGUCCAGGAACACGGACAGAUGUGACCAAUAUGUGGAAGUGUUAAAGAAGAAAAAAAAUGAGUCUAAAGACAAAGAGGAAAUCUCGAACGUCAUUCGGGGCGACAGCUCCACCGUUUAUUGACUACCUGAAAGAUAUUCUCCGCCGCUAUCCAGAUGGAGGACAAAUAUUAAAGGAAUUGAUCCAAAACGCAGAUGAUGCCAAGGCCACAGAGGUUAUUUUUAUCCAUGAUGAGAGAAGUUAUGGAACCAAGAGCCUCUUUACCGAAGAACUGGGAAAAUACCAAGGGCCUGCUCUAUAUGCCUACAACAAUGCUGCUUUCACUGAUGAUGACUGGGAAGGGAUUCAGAUGGCAGGGAGGAGUGUCAAACGCAACGACCCAAACAAAGUCGGGAGGUUUGGAAUCGGCUUUAACUCCGUCUACCACACCACAGAUGUGCCAGGUAUAUUCAGCUCAGUCCACCUUGGCUUCAUGGACCCCCAAGAAAAAAUAUUUGGAGAGAAAAAUGGGGGUUUUCGUUGGUCUUUGGAUGACCCCGAUGACCAACAAACCCUGAUGUCCAUGCAAGACCAGUUUCAACCUUUCCGAGACAUAGUUGCGCUUGUGAGUGGACAAGAGUGGUCUGAAGUUGUCAUGGACAGCCACUACUUCGAUGGCACAAUCUUCAGAUUUCCAUUGCGCAAAGAGAAGUCUGAAAUCUCAGACAAUCUGUAUGAUUCGAAGAGGGUGGUUGAGCUUUUUGACAGCUUCAUUGCAGAUGCAGACUUGAGCCUCCUGUUCCUCAAACAUGUCACCUCUUUGUCACUGAUACAUAUCGACGUGCACGGUACCGUCAAUAACAGGUUUAAAGUGACAUCCUCAGUGCAGCCAGAUGCUGUUUUGUUGUCAGAGGAAAACUCCGCUGUUGAAGGCUCAACAAUGUUCAAAAUAAUUACUCUUCACUCAGACAAACAGAGAGACACCAAGUGGCUACUGACAACGUGUACCAUGAAAGAAACUACGGUAGAAAACCUUGACUCACUAGCAAAAAAGUUGAGCUUUUUCCCUCAGGUUGAUCUGGCUUUUCCAUGUGAUAGAAAGGUGGACUGUGGUCAGAGUAGACUGAGCUGCUUUCUCCCUCUUCCAAACAAUGAGUCCAACAAGACACGACUUCCUGUUCAUCUCAACGCCUGCUUUGGUCUCACUGACAAUAGACGAGAAAUCAAGUGGCAAGAAGAAGACCAGCAACAUGAUGAACAUGCUGUAUGGAAUGAGCUGCUGAUGAAGGAGGUGCUCCCACAUGCAUACUUAAUGAUCAUCCAAGAUGCCAUCAGACUUGCCAAACGGUCUCUUCUUCCUGUCCCUGUUGUGUACGAUCUGUGGCCGGAUAUGGCCCAGAUUCAGCACAAAGAAAAAUGGCAGGUCAUUGUUCAGAAUGUUUUAAGUCACAUAUUCAGAGAGAAGGUGGCAGUCCUCUCUCUUGCAAAAGACGAAAAAAGCUUCAUCUCUCCAUCAGAAGCUGUGUUCCCCUGUAAUGGUCCAACUAGUCCUGAAAUAUUGGCUGCCAUUAAACAGACUUUGAUUUCAUGUGGCGAGAACCUGGUCACAUUACCAGUACAUGUUGCAAAAGCCAUUAACCAAGCUUUUCCAAAUGUCGGCACCCUGAAACAUGUGACUCCAGCCUUUGUGAGGAACACUCUUCGAAGAAUUGGCACAUAUGACAUCCCCAAAGACAACAAAGUCUGUCUCUUGGAGUAUGUUUUGAAUGAUGAGAAAUAUGAAGAACUUAAAGGUCUUCAGCUGCUCCCACUCAGUGACGGCUCUUUCAGAUCUUUCUCUGACAGAGAUGAAGACACCACUUUAAUAGACAGCAAAGACUUCCCAAGAACACUGCUGCCACUCUGCAAACACCUCUUCAUCCCAGAUGACCUCAGUCAAGCAUGUACCAGCUACUUGAAAGCACUGGGCACAAAAAAUUUGUACAAGGUUAUCAACAUUGAUGCAAACCACGUGGCUGAGUAUACCAGGAGAUUCUUGCCCCAGGAAUGGAAGGACACCAGGACAGGGCUUGUGACCUGGGACACCAGCAGCAGUCAACAUCCACCUUUGAAAUGGAUACAGGAAUUCUGGGUAUUUCUCAACUCUCAUUUCAAGGAGUUAAGUCGUUUCACUGGUAUCCCAUUAAUACCAGUUGGGAAUCUGUCUGUCAGUCACAAUGUACCAUUAGCCCCAUUGCAAACAAACUAUAUCUUUCAGACGAACAAAGAUGCUAAACUGCCUGAUCAAAUAGCUACAUUGGUAAACAAAGCUGGUGGCACUGUGGUAAAAGAAAACAUCUGGCUCAAACACACAGAUCUAGACUCUUAUGUGUUGCAGCCUUCUCCAGUGAAUGUCCUUAAAGUGUUGGUUAAUUUAGAAUGCCAGCGUCUCAUCACGGAACUCAAAGCCACAUCUCACUCAGUUCGAGAUGAACUGAAAGAAUAUCUGUCCUGUCUGAAAUCACUUUCGAGUUGUGAAAAAAACCUACUCUCAAAGUUGCCUCUUUUUCAGACUAUGAAAGGACAGUGUUCCGCAGUUCAGUCAAAACAGGCCGUGCUUCUCAUAUCUGACUUUAAAGUACCAGCAGAGCUGCCUCUGCCUGACUCAAUUGUCCAGUGUGCUACUGAAGCAGAUCGCAGACUGUUGCAGCUGCUUGACAUUAAACUCCUAAGCACAGCUGAAGCAGCCAAUCUGCUCAUUGAUUGUAUUGAGAAAGGGUCAUGCUCUAAAGAUGAUACUGAAAAAAUCAUGACCUGGAUUUUACAGCACGGCAGUAUGCUCUUCCCUCAAAACAUGGCCUUGAAAGACAGAUGUAAAAACUUAAGUUUUAUUGAAGUGAAAGGGCAGCAGAAAAAGGUUUCAUGUUUUUUUGACCCGAGAAUUCAUACUUUCACUGUCAUAUUUGAGUCUGACCUCUUCCCUCCGCACAAGUACACUCAAACAUCACAGAUGCUUGAAAGCCUCACAGAUCUUGGUUUGAUGAACAAGGAAGCAGAUGUUUCGCCCGUUGCAUUUCUACAUGCUGCAACACUGAUUGAUAAAAUGCAUCUUGCUUCUCCGACCGAAGCUCAGAAAAGGGCUCAGGUUCUCCUUAAAAUGUUGGAUGUGACUGAUCUGCUCUCAAAGUUUACUCAUGAGCAGCUUCAACAACUAAAAAAGCUGAAAUGGGUACCAUGUGAUAAACCUGAUGAAGAAAAAUCUCAGAGAAGUUUCUUUUGCCCCAAUGAAACAAGAGACUCUAUGUAUAAAGACAUUGUUGGACGUGUGAUGCCUCUUGUGGAAAACCUCAGUGACAGAGUCAGCACCAAACUUGGGUUCAAAUGCUCACCCCCACCUGACAAAGUAAUAGAGAACUUGUUGGCCUUAGCAUCAAAGACAAGGCAAAUGGGUGAUCCUGACAAAAAUGCAUGUUUCAAAAAGGAGCUGCAUAGCAUUUACAGGCAUAUGCAGGACUAUAUGUCUGAAUUUAAAUCCAGGAUAAACACAGACAUCUGUUGGAUUUGGAGUCACGACCAGUUUGUAUCUGCGAAAGACUUGUUUCUUGACUACCCACGCAAUCUAGACCUGAGCUUGUACAUUAGAAAAGUGUCAAAUGAAUUUCUGCCAUACAAAGAGCUCCUCCAGGCUUCAGGCCUCAAAACACUGAACUCUGAUGAAGAAAUCAUUGCUAUUCUCUAUUCGAUUCAGCAAACCAUCAUGGAGCAACAGUCUACUGCAAGUUCUUCUGAGGUGAAGGUGUCAGUUGAUAUCCUGAAUUGGUUUUGGAAAGAGAGAAAGGCAGUUGGGGAUGACAUUCCAGUGCCAGUCAUUUUGGAAGGUGGUCAAUACACCCUGAAACCAAAAUCAACUACAGUGUUCUGUGAUCUCAGCAAAAGUGCAUUGAAAGAGUUUGGUUGCAAUCAGGAGGAAGUUUACAUCAUACACGAGGAAAUCCCAAAAGCCACAGCUGAAUGGUUAAACAUUCAAUUUCUAAGUACCUACAUCCUUGACCCAGAGUUAGUCGGAAUUGAACAGUGUGGACAAUCAGAACCAAUAACAACAAGAAUUAAAAACAUCCUUAAAGAAUAUGAUGAAGACAGUGACAUCUUCAAAGAACUUAUUCAAAAUGCAGAGGAUGCUGGAGCAGAUGUCUGUAAAUUCCUGGUGGAUUUCAGAGUACACCGAGAUGCUCCUGAAAGCCUUAUAGAUCCUAACAUGGCCCUUUGUCAGGGACCCUGUCUUUGGGCUUUUAACAAUGAGCAGUUUUGGGAUGAGGACUGGAAAAACAUAAUAAGAGUUGGCUCUGCCUCAAAAGAAAACCAGGUGGAAAAGAUUGGGAAGUUCGGACUGGGAUUCAACACUGUUUACCAUGUGACAGAUAUUCCCUCAAUACUUAGUGGCAGCAGUCUUCUCAUACUCGACCCAAAUGUUAGUCACCUUAAAAAGCACAUAAAGCACAAAACAAAUCCAGGAAUCAAACUUGAUCUAUCUCAGCAGCGACACUUCAAGUGUUUUCCUGGACAGUUUGGACCAUAUGAAGGCAUUUUUGAUUUUUCAAAACAAAAACCUGUUGGACCCUAUCCUGGUACACUGAUAAAACUUCCUUUUCGAACUGCAGAAGAGGCUGCCCAGUCAGAAAUAAGCCAAAAAGUGUAUGACAAGUACAACAUCACCAGAUUUCAGCAGCAGUUCACUGAAUAUUCACAAACUCACCUGCUUUUUCUUAAGAAAAUCAGCACCUUAACCCUACAAACUAUCUCCAACACUGGAUCAACACCACCCAGAGACGAUGAAAUAGAUACCGUCUUUACCAUCUCAAAAAGAACUCUUAGUACGACAAGAGUUACUGAGGAAACCUGCGUGACAAAACAAUGUGAGGCUGAGAGAAUGUUAACAAAUCACGAUGAAAAAUCAAAGAUCAUAGACUGCUGUACAGUGAAUAUCAUCCAGAUCACCAGUCAGCACUGUGGUAAAACUGAAGUUCAACACUGGCUCCAGUACAACUGCUAUGGGUUGGACAGCGCUUUGAAAAUGGCCCUUCAAGAAAAUCAGAAUACCAAAUUCUCCCUUCCCAUUGGAGGCGUUGCUGUACCUUUGCAAAAAAAUCCCCAAACAGAAAAACUCAGGUCAUCACAAACACAUCUUGUUGGACAGGCAUUUUGCUUCCUUCCGCUGUCAAUUUGCACUGGUCUUCCUGUUAAUGUAAACGGUACAUUUGCAGUGACAAGCAACAGGAAAGCCCUUUGGGAAAGUGGUAUGAAACAUGAAUGGAACAAAGCUCUUCUUCAGGAUCCUAUAAUGACAGCAUAUCUCACUACCCUCUUGACAUUAAAGAAAAUGUCUCAAGACAAGCAACUGGAAGAGUAUACUUAUCACACCUUUUGGCCUGACAGAGAAGAAGUCAGUGAAACUUUUAAGCCAUUGGUUGAUGCCUUUUACUCAGCCAUUGCCAAAAACUCCAUUGGCCCAGAGCUGUUCAGUGAUGGAGAACAUUGGUGCACAAUGGAAAAUGCCAUAUUUCUACAUGAGAGCAUCAAAGAGAAUAAAGACAUUCAUGCACUGGCAGAGGACAUUUGCAAGAAAUAUGUAACAAAACCCAAACGUGUUGUUCCUCUCCCCCUGUGGUUGAGAAAUAACUUCAAACAGGCAAGGCUAGAGCAUGUUUUGCAGGACAGGACAUGGAACUGGGAGAAGCUUUUUAAAGAGGUAGUGUUUAACAACCUAGCAACCAUUGACCCUACAACUAGAGAUUCUCUUGUUUUGCAUGCAAUUGACCUUAACACUGAGGAAAUUGACAAUCUACUGGUCAACUUCCCAUGCAUCCCCACAACAGGUGGAAACUUACAGUACAUCAAUCAACUUGUGAACCCGUCAGGAAAGGUUGCUUGUCUUUUUGAACCACAUGAGGGGCGCUUGCUUGGGGGAUCUAAGAAUGACUUUUCUUCGCCCAAAAGGAUUCAGCGUUUGUUGGAACUUGGAAUGGCAAGUGAUUAUCUGCCACUAAAAGACAUCACAGAGAAAGCAGGAACCAUUUGCCAAACAUGGAGAACUGACAGAGAGAAAGCAAAUGAGCAAAUAAAAUGCCUCCUGGAACUCAUUAAGCAUCACAUGUAUGACAUAGACUCCAACUACUGGGAAACGUUAAAGAUGACUGAAUUUCUACCAGCAAUUUCACCUGAUGAUAACAAAGAGAAACCAGUCGUCACACUCAAAAGACCCACUGAUGUUUUUACUGACAACUGCAACCUACUUGUGAACCUGAUACAUCCUGUUUUGGAUCAUGAAAAACUAAAAAUACACAACACAGAUUCAGUCCUCAAAAUAUUGGGAACUCAUGACACACCAAGCCCAGAGACAGUGCUACAGCAACUGCAGGGAGCAUACAGACAGUCAAAGUCUAUUGACAAAUCUAUGCUUCACAGAAUAGCAUUUGAAUGUUAUAAGUUUCUGGACCAGUGGCUCAUCGACAAUGAAGAUCCAUCUGAUGUUUUAGAAAAAGCAAAGUCAUUCCCUUUCAUUCUCAUUGGCAGCACAUUUGCAAAUGUGACUUGUGUUGCUAAAAGUGAGCAAUUUGAAGCAAAGCCCUACCUCCAUGUUCUCCCAGAUGCAUUUAAACGCUUUGAGAAGCUCUGGGAAAGUGUAGGUGUUGCAGAAAAAUAUACAGUCAGUCAAUGUGUGUCUGUGCUAGAGGAACUGCACAGUCAAUAUGGAACCAAGUCCUUGGCUCAACAUGACUUGUCCAUGUGCCUCACAAUUUUAAACAAGGGAAUAUUUGAAGCAGAAGAGAAGACAAAUGACUGUCCAAUACCUAAUGAGCAUGGAGUUUUACAGCCAGCAAGUGCAAUGUUUUACAAUGACAGUCCGUGGAUGCCAGUGGAUGCUGGUGUCACACUCUGCCACAAAAAUGUGUCCCGUGCAAUGGCUCGCCACUUUGGUGUAGAGACAACAAGGCAUCAUAGUUUACAAAUCCACAUAGCAGAGGACAUUGCCCCAUUUGCAUUUCCAUUUGAACAACACGAGGAGCUCACUGUUCGAAUCAAAAACAUUAUUUCAGCCUAUCCUUCGAAGAAGGACAUCUUGAAGGAGUUGAUCCAGAAUGCAGAUGAUGCAGAGGCCACAGAAAUCCACUUUGUUUGGGACAAACGACAGCAUGGUAAAGAAAAAACAUUUGGCAAGAAAUGGAACCAACUUCAAGGGCCAGCACUGUGUGUGUUCAACAACAAGGUGUUUUCAGAUGUUGACCUAGCAGGCAUUCAGCAGCUGGGAGAAGGGGGGAAGCACAACUCCCUAGGGAAGACAGGAAAAUAUGGUGUUGGAUUCAACUCUGUUUACCACUUAACUGACUGUCCUUCAAUUCUGACUGGAGACGACCUUUUGUGCAUUUUUGAUCCCAAUCAAAAAUACAUUGAGAGUAGUUCAGGAAAACCACCAGCUGGCAUUGGCUACAAUCUAUCUGACAAUUUAAAGGCCAUGUACGAGGAUGUCUACAGUUCCUUUCUUCCAAACAAGUUCCCUCUGAGGAAUGGUACCAUGUUUAGAUUACCUUUAAGAGCAGGGAACAUGGCAAACAGCUCCAAAAUAUCCAACGAGUCAGUCACUGAUGAGUACAUGAAAAAACUUUGUUCUGUUCUUUCUAAGGACCCUGAAGGACUGAUCCUGUUUUUGAAAAACAUCUGCAAAAUAGUAGUCCAUGAAAUCAACCAAGAAUCAGGACAAAUGGAAACCAUCUUCAUGGUUGAAAAAAGUGUCACACAGACAAGCAGAGACAAGAAAGAUACAUUUGUAAAGCUCCAACAAAAGGCCCUGACAUCUGCAAAAGUAGCCAAACCACAAAAAGUCAUUUAUGAAACCACAAUUUCAACGUCAGGUAGAUUGAAAAGUCAGUGGCUCAUUGCAGAACAGUUUGGCUCAUUUGCAAAAACCAAGGGAAAUGUUACUACAUUUGACCAACUUCCCCAAGCAGCAAUAGCAGCAUCAAUGAAUUCAAGCACCUUGGAAUUCAAGGGAGAAGCAUUUUGUUCUCUGCCUCUGCCAGGAAAGACUGGCCUGCCAGUGCAUAUCAAUGCAAACUUUGAGGUUGAUUCCUCCAGGAAAAAUCUUUGGAAGGAAGAUGGUCAGAGCCUAAAAACUAAAUGGAAUGAAUUGCUGAAAGAGACAGUUGUAGCUCCUCUGUAUGCAGAUCUCCUUCACCACAUCAGUCUGAGUGUUGCAAAGACCAAAGUCCAAACUACAUUCAUUGAGAGUUGCUUCAAACACACAUACCUAUGUUUCUGGCCAGUUGCUUCAAAGGAUGUUGAUCAGGAUUGGCAUGAAAUGAUCCACAAGGUGUACAGAUCAAUCAAAGAAAGGGGCCUUACUGUGAUUCCAGUAAAGAAAACUUCAGUGCGUAAUGUUCAUAAAUCCUUUAUAAAAGAAUAUUCCUUUGACUGGUGUGACAUCAGAGAGACAGGGAGAACAAAUGCACUUUACUUGGCAGAGCCAUUCACUUUUGAAAUUGGUCAAAUUUUGGAAGAACUUGGUAUGAAAUUGGUUCCAUUUUCCGAUAAAAUGCAAGAAAUUUGGAGAAGUUUCAAUAAUGCAGGCGUUGAGUUAAAGAUGGUCAAUUCCUCAACUGUACGAUCUUUCCUGAAAGAAAAACCUCUGAAUGACCCAACCCAAACAUCUGAAACGUUACCCCUGCCCCUACCCUCUACUCUGAUUAGAGAUGAAAACAGAUGUUCACUCCUCCUUAAAUACUGCCUAAAAGAUUUAAUCUCAGCAAAGGUCACAGAGGAAAAUUCAGAUAUUCUAGAUGGACUUCCCCUUCUUUUGACAAGAGAUAAAGUUCUGAGAGUUUUCAACUCCAAAUCUCCAAAAGUGAUCACAAGACAUGACAGCCUAUUUCUUGAUGACAUGGAACAAUUUGCAGAUUUUACAGUUAACAGAGAAAACAGGGAAACUCUACAAAAAUAUAACCUUGUCAAAAAUCUGACAGUUCCAUGUGCAGCUAACUAUCUGAAACCAUUGAUCCAGCGCCAUCUCCAAAGCUGUGAAGUUGAUUCUCACAGUGGUUUCUAUGUUCCAAAUGAGACCAUGUCGAAGUGGUUGAAGUCACUGUGGAAGUUCUUGGAAAGUGAAAUUAAACAAGAGAUAAACAGCGACGACAACGAAACUCUGAAGUUCAGUGACGUGAAGGAGCUUUUCAGUGAUUGCUUUAUCUUGCCUGUAGAGUGUCCACAGCUAAAGAACAACUACUUGCUACAGAGAAUGAAAGACAUGUCAAGUGUCAUACAGUUUGCAAGUGACAGGGACAUCUCAAGUGUCCUCUUUAAACUUGGUUUUAUGAAGCUCCACAAUAGGUUCUUCACGGAGACUCAUGUAAAUCAACAACUAACUCUACUUCUGAAACCCGAACUUAUGGAUGUAAAUGACAGUAGCAUUGUGCUCGACCAGAUUUGUAACAAAAACAACUUGGAAUUUUCCAACCUUUCGAAUCAUGAAAAAAGCGAACUCCAGACAUUUCUUCAGUCAGGCGUGGCCAAGGCCAAAAACAAACAGGACUUUCAGAGAAAGUUGAAAUCCUUACCUCUUUUUGAAACAAUAUCUGGUGAUAGAGUGCGAAUUGACGGACCUCUCAAGGUGUUUGUCCUCCAAAGCCAGCAUUUGAUGAGUUAUCCGGAUCUUCUCAAACUGCCCAAAUGCAACAGCAUUUUCCUCAAAGAUACUUUGGACAACUGCAGUCUGUCAGAGUCUCUAAAAAUCCCAAAACUGACUGAUGAUGAGUAUUUCACAACAUUUAUCCUGCCUGCUAUACAUGAGCUCACAGGAGAGCAGAAGCUUGACUGCUUUAGAUUCUUGUUGUCACUGCGGCGUCAUUUAAUCGGUCUCAGCUACAUGGAGAAAAUCAUUCCAACAUUAAAAACAGUUAAGUGGAUCUGCAGUUCUCAGGGUAAAUUAGAGAUGGCAUCGUACUUCUUUGACAAACGUGUUCCCUUAUAUGAGAAAAUGCUUCCCAAAGAGAUGUUUGUUCCUGAAGGAUUUUUUAAUCUGUUUGGUGAAGAAAGUCAGGACAAAAUUGAGAUGCUGCUCAAAGAACUUGGAAUGAAGCACGAGGUGUCAAAAAAUGACAUAAUAAAAUUUGCACAUCAGUUAGAAUCAGAAGCUAAAAGAAGUGGUCACCUCCAAGAUUUGAAAGAUAAAUCAUUGCUGAUUUUUAAAGCAGCCCUCGCAAAAGCAAGUGAUCCGAACAAUAAAGAUAAAACAGUGCUGGAGAGCAUAGCUGACAUCAACUUCCUGUUUCCUGUGAGAAUAAGAAAAGAACUGUGUGACUACCACAAACCAUUUGCAGAUCAAAGCACAGCUGUGAAAAUCAGAGGCUCUUUAAUAGACAAUGAUCCCAAAGAUCAGGAUUUGAUUUGGUCUUCAAUGCCAAUUAUAAAGUUACCAGUAGGUAUGUUUUACAACCUGCUGCAGAUGAUGAAAAACGCAGGUGCCCACGAAAAGCCACCUGCAGAGUAUGUGGUUGCUAACAUGAGAAACAUCUGUGUAUCUCCAUGUAAAUCCAGUGAGCUCAUUAAAACGCGAGCUCAAGUGUUUCGAUGCUCCUACAUGCACUUGCAGGGUCAAGGAUUCAAAGCAAAAACACUGACAGGUCUACCCGUGGUGUUGGUUGAAAACGACAAAGAACUUGUGAAGGACCAGGACACAGUUCUUGUACUCCGGUAUGCCCAGGAAUUCCGACCGUAUUUAUACGAAAUCCACUCAAAGGAUGUGAUUUUUAAAGAUUUCUUCAUGAAACUGGGUGUGAAAGAAAACCCUACUGCAGCACAUUAUUGCAGAGUGCUGGAAUCGGUUUACAAUGAAACUUGUGAAAAGCAACAACUACAAGCGAAUCAGCUCAGAACAGUGAAACGUGCCAUUCAUCAGUUGUUCUAUACAAUCAAAGAACAGAAAAAGCAGGCCCAUCUUAAUGGCGUAACGUCUUUGCAUCUUCUUGGUGUGGAUGGUAAAUUACACCCAUCGUCCACAUUGUACUACAAUGAUACUGUGUUUGAGGCCCAAAGGUUAGAACCAGCUCUGGGUGAGAAGUUCCUGUUGCUCGAGAAAUUCAUAAACUGUCAUUUGGGUCCUGACACCUACAAACAUCAUCGGUGGUUGAGUUUGCUGCCGACUUCCUUUCAACCGAAAAUGCUGUCCCAGGUCACAGAGGAGAAGCUGGUGGAAGAAAAGAUUCAGCAAUGUGAGCUUAAGGAUGAGUGUGAGUUCAGAGGAUGGUUUGAUGAACAUCUAUCCUCUUUACCCUUCAGGCACGGAUUAAUAUGCCUGAUCCGCAGCCACUCGGGAGGUGAAAUACAACACGAAGAUGCUGCUAUGCUGUGUCAGAAAAAUUAUGGCAGCAUGAAGAUUGUCUGCUGCAAAAACCUGGAAACUAUGCUUUGGCUGAACAAGGAGCCACUUCAGAACACAGCCAGUGACAGUGAAAUCUGUGUCAAACAAGGGCAACAUGGUUGCAUUUUUUAUUUGAAACACAAUGAUGGCAUCCCCCAUAAAGUCAUCAGUGAAGUGAACAUGACAUUGGCAAAGGAGAUUAUUGCCCUUUCAGACAACAAAAUUUCAUUGCACCACUUUGCAGCCCUUGAACAACUUCUUCUCUGCGACACGCUGCAAGAUGUUCAAAAAAUUCUAGCAAAGAACAAAAUCCGUGACAGUGCAGAAGGUAAAAGCCUCCUUGAGCCACCUGCUCCUGGGACUGAAGUACCAAAAGAAUGGCAUGACUGGUUAGACAUGGACAUCCUUAACAACUUUGAAGUGGAUGAAUAUGUUGGUUAUAGGGAUGAGACAGAAAAAUACAUAUAUGCUGUUAUUGUUGAAGAACUGCAAGGAAACACAGGGCAAUAUUCACACAGGUACAAAGUGAAUGUUGGAGGAGAUGAGCCAAUUGAAGUCAGUUGCAUUGACCUGUACCAGUUUAAACGAGAAAAGAAGACAGAGGACGAGGGGACGAGCACACCUCCCCAAAAUCACUGCAAGGAGCUGCAGCUACUGGAAAAAGCUGGUCCAAAUCCAAGUUCAUCUUCCUCCACAUCUGGCUCCUCAUCCACAAGAUCUAUGCCAGCAUCAUUUGACGAAAUUAAAAGAGAGAUUGACCGAUGCUUAGCAGAGAUAUGGACUCUUUCUCAGGAACAGAGAAGAAAAGCCAUCAGACGUCUGUACCUCAGAUUUCAUCCUGAUAAAAAUUCAGGCUCUGAGUUUUUGGCCACAGAAGCUUGUCAGUACUUGCAAACAAGAGUCAAAGAGCUCAGCAGUGAAGGAGGCCCAUGCAGGAGCUCAUCCUCUUCAAGGGCAGGACCAAAUUUCAAUACCUUUUACGAACAAUGGAACAGGGAAGCCAGGAGUCACAAACAAAGUCGAGAAAGAAACUCGAGCCACUCUUGGACCCAUAACGAAAAUAUCCCCAAGCCAAACAAGAAGGAGGCUCAACGCUGGUGCCAACAGGCUCGCUGCGAUCUUAAGGCAGCGUACAAGGACACAGAUGGAGACAGCACUGAAUGGUGUCUGUUUAAAGUCCACCAAGCAGUUGAGAAGUCUCUGGUAGCAGCCGGAUACAAACGAGACGGUCACCAUCACAACAGCAGCUGCUCCAUUUCAAUGCUCGCAGCACAGGUUUCCAACUACAGCACCCAACUCAAAGUGGUAAGCCAAAUUGUGCAAGAGCUCAAGCUCAUGGGAGUGGACGCCAAGAGGACUCAAUAUCCCAGCUGCUAUCGUUAUCCUAAUAUUCCAAAUGGACAGUUCCCCACAGAGAAUGAAAUAAGUGCCAUCAACAAGGCAUCUGAGCUCCUCAGUAUCAUAGAGGAGUACGUGAGUUAGGGAUUGGAUAAUGUCAGUCACUGGACCAUGAAAGUACUAGAAGUACAAAACAAAAAACAAGCAUCAAACUUUUUUUUUUUUUUUUACAGAAAAAAACGUGCAAUGUAAGGUAAACCUGAAACCAUUAUUCUUGCACGGCUGCAAAAAUCUGAUCUCAUGUAAUCGCUUUAAUGUUUAAACUAGUUAACAUGUCAUUUCUAAAUGCUUACUUUGAAUUUGCUCCACCAACAUACAGGUGAUAAAAAAUGUCAUUCAAGGUUGUUACUUGUGCUGUAUGCUUUAUAACAGGGGUUUUCAAAUUGGGUGAAUGUGAGCCUCCCCUAAAAGAGUAGAUGAGGACAGCCGAGCUCCCCAGGCCCUUCCCCAAAAUCCUGUCCACCUGCUCUAACCCACACACGCCUCUGCAAUGAAUGCAUCUUCUGUGUGCUCCUGGCAUUGAUGAGUUCCAUUAACAACUGAUAGAAUGUAUCUCAAAACGUUUUAUUUUUCUCAAAUUUAUAUAAAAAAGGGCAUUGAUAAAAGAUUAAUUGCAUCAGCAAAUAAUUUCACUUCAUGCACGGGGUGGCAUACUUCAUCUGUUGAAAACCUCUGCUCUACAGGGACCAAUUACUGUCAUCCUAUUAUUAUUGUUCUGUUUAACUCACUUUCUUCUGUUUCCUUGUCGGGUCGAAUACUUUGUACAACUUUAUUCAGGUAGUCAUAACAGAAUCCUCGUAGCGUCAUUAAAAUAUGCAUUUUUGUGUUUUCUUUGAUGUGAAUAUAUAUAGUUAAAUCAAAAAGCUUGUGUAACCAGUGCACUUUACACUGUAUGUCACAAAAAUGAAAAAUGUCAAACAUUUGAAUAAAGGAUAACGAAAAUA